AUGUGGCAAGUGUCGACGACUCAGAUACUUCGACCGAUACUGCUGAAACUGNCCGAUAACGAUAUCAACAGUGAAUCAAAAAUUUUUGAAGCAGAAAACAAACAAAGUACUUAUUUGCUUAAUAAAAUACCCAGGAGUAGAAAAGUCAACCAAUCCUAUUUCUCUUCUGUAUUCAGUACAAUUUAUUCUACAUUAAUUACUGUUCCUGUUAUCUAUAAAUUUAAGCCGAAUGUUAUUUUCUGUAAUGGUCCAGGAACUUGUAUUCCAAUUUGUGUAGUUGCAUUUAUAUUGAGAAUCUUAUUUUUACUGGAUUGUAGAAUUGUUUUCAUUGAAAGUAUUUGUAGAGUAAGAUCACUGUCAUUGACAGGGAAAAUUCUCCAAUAUUUUGCAGAUCUUGUUGUAGUGCAAUGGCCACAACUGAGAGAUGUGAGUCUUCGUGCUAAAUAUUUUGGUAGACUUACAUAAUUUAAUAACGUGAUGAAUGGACUAAUUGAUAAGUAAUUAAGUCAUAAGAAACUAAGCUUUUUUUAAUUAUUCAAUUUUACAGUCAGUAAGCAAAGGGUUGGCAAUGCCCCUGCAUUGUGAAUGUACAUGAGCAAUGGUGACCACUCACUGUCAGGUGGGUCACAUGCAUGUCUGCCUAUGAUCCAAAAAAAAUUGUACUCUCACAGGAUAGAGAAAUUAUGCAUUUAAACAAUAUUCUGGAAUAAAAACAUUCAUAAUAAAUAUGUUGGUUUUAGGACAGUUUAUGAACCAUGGUUUGGUAUGGUAAACCAGGAUGGAUUUGUAAAUAUAUUUUACAGUCUUAGAUAAUUUAUUGUUGGCAUUCUUUUAAUUUUUAAUGAGUUUUAUUGUGUUAUAAAUGGGUAACUUAUGUAAACUUGCCAUGUCUGGCAACCACUUAACGUCAGGGGGCAUGAGUUUCUUAACUCAUCUAUGGUAUAAAAAUAAAAGUAAAAAGAAUAAAACUAAGUAAAGCAUAAGAUGUAUAGAAAUUAGUAUUUCAUUAAUUCAUUAGUUGAAUUAUUAAACUUUUCAGCAUAGCUUUGUUAAAACUGAUGAUGCUUUUUUUUCUCUGAGCUGUUUACUGAUUCAAGACUAGAUUGUACCUUUGAUUUUACAUUUUUUCUGAAAACUUUAUGUAUGUAAUGUAAAGGUUGUUACAAGUGCACCUGGCUGGAAAUCAUGUUAUUAAUGAAAUUAUGUUAAUAAUAACAUUGGUGACAGCUUAGUUUGAAUUGUCUGGAAACAGCCAAUAUGAAAUUAAAACACCAUUGUAUUGAUA